UUCCGGCCGUGAGGAUAUGGCACGACGACGAUGAUGUCGGAUCGGCCUCGUCGCGGGUUCACGUAGAGUUUCCCCCGUGGGCGCUCGACUUAACGGGUAUCCCCGGUCGCGGACCCUCUCGCCGUGUGUUAUGCGCCUCUGACGCGCCGCCGCCACUCGCUGCGCCGAGGGACCACCGCGCGUUCGGCGACGGAGCGACCUAAUUAUGAGCGGCGACGUGUUGCCCUCCUGACAGCUCGCGCGACGCCAAACAGAAGUGCAUAAUGUGGAGCGCGUCUGAGGAAUCGCCAGGCGCGAUGGAAGGCGGUCCUCCUGAGGCUGUGGUACACACGAAGGAGACAUGCGAGCAGAAUAAAAAUCAAUUGGAAUCCCUCAAGGAAAUCAUGAUGAGGAAUCAGCAGAGUUUAAAGAGAAAAGAGGAGGAGGUCCAGGAAUAUGCGCGAAGAUUGUCAAAGAUCAAAUCCAGGGCCAAGUUAUCACGUCGUAGUAAAGAAGGAGCUUCAUCAUCUAAAGACACAAUGCAUUCACAUAAGACUGAAUCUGCAGCACAGGAUGUAACAGAUGAUACAAUUGAUGACAUUAGUCAAGCAAAAACCCCAAAAGCAAAGUCUUCUUUACUUCAACGAAAAUUGGCGGAAAACAGGAAAGUGUUCGAGCAACGUAGCAAAGAAUUGACAGAAACAAAACGAGCGGUAGAAGAGAAAGUGGAAGCCAUCAGACAACAAUUGGAUGAAACAGCGGCAGAACACAAGGAUCAACUAGCUAACACACCAAUUAGGCCUCUUGUUAUCACUUCGGAUGUGAUGACGCCAAUUCAACUUCAAAACAUUCAAGAAAAAGAACAGAAGAUCACGGAGUUAAAUAGCAAAAUCGUCGAGCUGGAGGCUACUAUCCUGGAUCUUCGAGAAAAUUUAAAAGAGAAGGAUUCUGUUAUUGAUUCUAAAACGAAAGCGGUUACUCUUAUGUCCGCGGAUCUUUCCAAGAAGGGUAAAACGACGUUGGACACUCUCGAAGAUACGAAAGAUGAAAUGCGAACGAUGCAAGAAAAUUUUAUCUUGAUUGAAACGUCUCUGAAAAAUAAAAAUACCAGUUUACUGCAACAGCUACAAGAACGAGAUAACAGGAUAUCAGAAUUGGAGCAUACAGUCAAUAGAUUUGAAGAACAACUUAAAGAACAGAAAAUAGCUGAAUCAGCAAGUGCGGACUUCUCGCGUUCCACUAUGGACACUUUAGCGGAGACUAAAGACGCGAUGAAAUCAAUGCAGGAAAAUUUUGUUCUCGUCGAAUCGUCAUUAAAAUUGAAGAGCGAUCAUCUUCUUCAACAGUUGAAACAGUAUGAAAUAAAAUUGGCGGAAGCCAAAGAGAGAAUAUUUCAACUAGAAUCUGGCGCCGGUAUAGUAACAACUCCGGCAGUCGAGGAUUUACAAUUUAGAAUAGAGAAAUUGGAACAGAACAAUCGACAGCUUCUAGAUGAGAAAUAUGAAUUGCAGAAAAAUAAUGCCGAAUUGCAGGAUAAGAUUAUUGCCAGUAAAUUGGUUCACGGUAAUGAUGCAAUUGUCGAAAAAGACAACAGAAUAGCAGAACUCGAAAAUUUGAUAGAGGAACUUAAACAAUCAAAUAAAUUGCUGGAAGAAGAAUCGAAGACUGAGCUGCAGAAGCAAGUAGCUGAAUUGUCAUCCAAGAACGAAGAGCAUUUCAACAAGAUUAUCGAUCUCGAAAAGCAAGUGCACGAACUCGAAAUGGAGAAAAACGAUAUCGCAGCGAGAUUGUCAGCUGAGCAAGUGGUACCUAAAGAAGAUAUGUUAAUAAAAUUGACAAAGGAAUUGGAAGAUUUAAAUAAAAGUAUGAUCAAAUUAAAAGCUCAACACAGAAGCAAAGUAAGAAAUUUACAGAAGCAACUGGAAAACUUCAAAAUGGUAUCCGAUACGAAUGCAGAACUCGUUAGAUUGGGCAAUCAAGUGGCAUUAUUGGAGGAGGAGAAAGGUAACCUUCAGCUGAGUCUGGUAGACUUUGACGAGCUUAAAGCCUCAGCAGGAGAUUGGCAGGAACGUGUUGCUGACCUGGAAAGUAAGGUUUCAUCUCAGACAAAAGAGAUACAGAUGCAUAUUGAUGCAAUAGCCAUCUUAGAGAACCAAAAGUUAGAUUUAACACAAGAACUUUACACGGUGAGGCAGGAGAUCUUGGCUUUUGAAGCUGAGAACGCGGAGUCGGAGAAUCUCAGAGUGGCCGCAGAGAUGAAGGUUGUUGAACUGGAGGAGCAACUGGAAACGGCACACAAAGAACAGAGCGAGAGUAAACUCGAGAUUGAACAUCAUGAGCUCUUGAAAAAGCUGGAUGCUCUAACGCAGGAAAAUUCAGAAUUAUACAGCAAGUUAAACAAAAUAGAAGAGAAAGGUGCUUCGGAUACUGGUUCGACGGAAUCUUUCGAAGCCAUUCAGAUGAACGAUAGAAACGAUUUGUUGAAGAAGAUUGAGGAUUUGGAGCAGAAGAAUAAUGAAUUAACGCUCAAGUUAUCGAAGUUGGAGGAGAAGGAUGGCUCGCAUGCUGGUUCCACAGAAUCUUUUGAGACUAUAAACGACACGGAUCGCAGCGAAUUGAUAAAGAAAAUCGAGCAACUGACGCAGGAGAACAGCGACCUAACUGUGAAAUUGAGUAGAAUCGAAGAGAAGGGAUCGUCCGACACGGGUUCUACGGAAUCUUUUGAGCGUAUCCCGGAACAUAAUGAUAGCCCAACGAAGAUUGAACUACUUACUCAAGAGAAUAACGAACUUGUUAUCAAGCUAACAAAACUGGAAGAGCGAUUGAGUCAAAUAGAAAGCAGCGCUCAACUGGACUCUAAGAUUGAUCAUAGUUUAGAGACACUUAAAGAUGACAGUAGUUUGCGAUUACAGAUUGAGACGCUCACCGAAGGAAAUGAUAAUUUGAUGGGAGAGAUUUCUCAGCUCAAACCGCAGAUAGAGGAUCUCACGGAGGAAAACAACAGGUUACAAGAUCGUAUAGCAAUGUUGACUGCGGAAAAUACUGAGUUAGUUAUCAAUCGUACGAAAUUGGAAGAACGUCUUCAAAUGGAAUUGUCUCAUACUUCUCAAAUGUCAAUCCAAGUGAUAGAAUCUGCUGAUCAAAUUAACGCCUUAGUAGAGAGGCAACAGGUUCUUGAAAAGGAACUGGUGCAAUUGCGGAAAAAAUCGAUGGAACACUCGGUUAACGUAACAUCGUGCGAAACUGAUGAUGCAAAAUCUAAACUCGCGACAUUGGAGAAAGAAAAUGCGCAGAUGACAAUGACAAUCGUACAGCUCGAAGAGCGUAUCAAUAACCAAACAGAAGAUUUAAUUAAAAUUACUCAAGAAAAAGAAGAAUUGAAUCGAAAAGUGGAACACAUGACCAGCGAUGAUUUCUCCAAAGAAAGAUUGGAACUAAUUGAUAAAUUGGAGAAAUUGAAUCAGGAGAAGGAGAACGUCGCUCGCGAGAAGCAGUUGCAUGAGCAACUUAGCAUUUUCUUACAGAAAUCGUCCGACGAAAUUUCAGAGAUGCGAAAGGCGGAGGAGGUUGUUUGUCAGGAGUCACAAACUGUAAUUGUAGCAUCCUUAGAGAAGGAAUUAGAGAAUAGUAAGGUAUUAAUUGUGGAGUACAAGAAUCAAAUAGAGGAGAUGAACAUGAAAUUGGAGAGCAUGGAAACAGAAUUGCAGAAAAAAGCCAAUCAGUUGCUGGAGUACGAAGCAUCAGGCGUAAAACUGGAGAGCGUAGAACGUGAAUUGAAAGACAUGUUCGUUACCGCAGAAGAAUGGAAAUUCAAAUAUGAUGACAUGCAAGAGAAGAUGCAAGCAUUGGAGCAAGCGAAAGAAUCAAUAGAAGAAACUUUGAAGAUAUUAGAGAAUGAUAACAAGGAACUGUUAGAAGUGAUAAAAGAGAAGGACGUGGCAACUGGUACUUUACAAGAGCGUCUUCAAGGUACUAUAGGCUCUCUUGAAACAAGAUUACAAGAUGAAAUGGCGAGUGUAACUGCAAAAGAACAUGAAAUUACGGAUUUGAAAGCUGAGAUUGAAAAGAGAGAUCAAGAAUUGCAUAACAAAUAUGCGCAGUUGCAAAAUGGAAUGAUUACUAUAGACAAUUUACAGGAUGAGUUGAAUAACUAUUUGAUCAAGCUUAAAGAAAACGAGACUGCUUUAUCGUCAUCAUUAGGAGAGAUUGCGAGACUUAAUGAUACAAUAAAGGAGAAGGAAGAAGAAGUUCAUACUCUGAAAGAUAAUAUUAGCAAAAUUACUGAAGCAUUAGAGCAAUCUAAGCCUGCGGCAGAAUUUAAGGAAAUUUUGGAGAAUUUGCAAAAUAAAGAAACAAAUUACAUUGAAUUAGAGAAUAAAUAUGAAGAAGCCUUGAGAGAAAAUAAUGAGUUGGCACAAAAAAUUGGGGAUAUGUUAAUGCGUGACGAGAGCAUUAAAAAUGAAUUGAUUAAGAAAGAAGAGGAAAUCCAGAGUUUGCUUUCAGUUAAGGGAGAAUUGGACACACAAAUUGAAGAAGUCAAGAACGACAAGACUGAAGCUGAAAAGCGAACUUGGGAACUGCAAGCGAUUUUGGACAAUCAAACUACAUAUGCCGAAAAAGUGCAAUUGGAGUUGACAAACGAAUACAAGCAAAUGGAACGGCUUAAAACUAAGCAUCAGGAGGAUAUGACGAUGUCGGCUCAAAGAUUAGAAGAUAUUAUGAAGGAAUUAAUCGAAAAAACACUGGAAAACGAAGCUAUGAAGGCUGAGUUGGAACAGAACGAGUUGCUCGGUAAAAACGUCACGGAAGAGACAACCAUCUUGGAGGGCAAAGUUGCUGACUUGGAACAAAAACUUUCAGAAUCAGAGUCUAAGCUACAGACGCAGUCUGAAAAGAUGAAAAAGAUUGUGGCAACGUUUAACAAAAAGAAGAUAGCAUGCCAGGAGCUUGAAGCGCGUGUCGCUGAAUUGGAGGAGAAGUGGACGACGGAGAAAGAUGAGAAGGGAGUUAAAAACAAGCGGAUACAAGAAGUGGAGAGUUCUAUGCGGGAGAAGGACAACAAGAUCCAUGAUUUGGAGGAGAAGUUGUUGCAGGCGAAAAAUAAUACUGUCGAGAUUCUUGCAAAUUCAGAGAAAUUUGAGAAGGAGUCGAUUAGUUUGAAAGAAAAAAUUGCGAUGUUAAUGGAACACGUUGCGGAGAUGGACGAGGAAAUCGAGAAGCAGCGCGCAGAGAUGGAACGUCUCUCUCUCGACGUGACGACGGAGAAAACAGCGAAAGAGAACGUUGCUGAAGAAUACGAGUUUUACAAGCAAACUGUGAGCAAGGAGGACGAACAAAAACAGGCAAUUCUGGACGAGGUGAAGGAACAGGCGCGAGAAUUGAGCGUGCGCAUGCAAGUAAUGGAGACUGAGUAUGUUGAACAGCUUGCUACAAUAAAGAAUCUGAAGGCAGAGAAUGGCCUCUUGAUGUCCAAACAAACGCAGAUCGAUGAGAAACUGGAAAACGCCGAGAAGAAAUCGGAAGAGCGACGUGUGCUAAUUGAACAGUUACAAAAAGAGAUUGCAACUAUGGCGUCUGUGGCGGUAACUGCACAGGUGCCGGAACAGAGUGAAUUGAGAGAGGACGACACACGGAUUACGCAGCAUUGCGAUCAUUCAGAGCAAUGUCAGAAUUUGGUGCAAGCGUUAGAGGCGCGUCUACAAGAGCGCCAAGCGGAAAUUGAAAAUCUGAAUAAUGAAUGGGCCAAUUCGUACGGCAAUAUCGUGUUACUUCACGAUGAGUCUCAGAGGCACAACGAUAUGAUGAUGCAAACUGCUCAGGCGCGCUUUAAUCAAUCACUGAUGGACCAAACGAAUACGCUACAACAGGAGAUCGAUUCUUUGAAAACGGAAAUAGCUGCGAGCGAUCGGAAAGUGUCGGAAUUAGAGGCUGAGUUGGAAAAGUACAAUCACAAGAACGCCGAGUGCAAAGUGGAAAUUCCCGAAGAAGUUGAAACUUCUAUUGCCGAAAAUCAGCAACAGCAGACGCAAGAUGUUUCACAAUCGCUCGACUCGGCGAAGAUUUUCGACUCAGCUGUCGCUUCGGACACUAAAAAGGAAAUAGAACAAUUGCAGAGUUUAUUAAGCGAGCAACAGAGUCAGUGUUCUGAACAUAUGAGAAAAAUGGAUCUUUUACUCAAUAAUAUCGAAGAUGAGAAAUUGCGUGUCCAAGAGUUACGGGAUCAAUUUGAAGAUUCGCAAAGCAAAUUGAAGAAGACAGAGAGUCUUCUUUCUGAGAAGAACGCGCAGGUGGAUUCAUUGAAUGCGGAAUUGGAUAAUGUAAUUCGUCAGAUGAAUGAUUUGAAAACGUUACAGGAACAAUAUUAUACUGUUGAAGCCGAGUCACAGAGAUUACAGCAAUUAGUAACUGACAAAAAUGCACAGAUAGAUUUGUUGACUGCCGACAUAAAUAUUAUAAAUCAACAAAUGAGUUCGCAACAACAUACGGAUGCAGAAGCCGGUCUGCGAACAGAAAUCUCACACAAGGACACAGAAAUCACUGCGAUGAGAACAGAGAUGACUUCUAUGAAAGAUAUUGUAGAAGCAUUAACAACGGAACGAGAUCAGCAAAUCGAAUCGUACAAACUUCAGAUUAAUAAUCUGGAAACAGAAGUGAGAAACGCUAGUAAUAAUGAUUUGAUACAAGAGUGGGAACAACGUAUCUUUGCAACCAUUGCAGAAAGAGACUUGCUGCAACUGCAAGUGAAUGAUCUGACACGAUCCUUGGAUGAAUUGAAGGAAUCGCUUGGGAGUCAGCGUAAUCUGCAGAUUGAGUUAGAGAAUGUUUCGCGAGAGAGAGAUCAGGCCCAAAUACUUAUUGCAAAUCUUACGCAAGCUUUGGAGGAUUCGAAACAGAAUAUCCAGGAAUCGAAGAUACAUGGGGACAAUUUGAAGGAACGUUCUUUUAUGGAAAAAUCGAUCGUUGAACAAGAAUUAGAACAAGUUCCUGUGGUUGUCGAAGAAUCAAUUAGCCAACAUGAAUCUGUACAAUCGGCACAUGCGCCUAUCGAACAAGAAAUACCGCAGGAGAUUCAGUUGGACAUCGGUUCGGGUUGGGAUAGCGCUUCUGAAAACCUUAAUAUCGACGAAGAACCCUGGGGCUGGAAUGCGGAGAAUGUCCAAUCGGCUGUCAGUAGUCAACAUCUCAGCACAAUGACAUUGAGCGCUGAAAUGCAAUUACGUGCGAAAGUAGAAGAGUUGCAAAGUAGAAUCAAAGAUUUAGAAUCGCAGAACGCUGGGAUCGCUGAAGAAAACAAAGCGGCGCAAGUGAAGAGCGGUAAAUUGGUAAAGAAAUUGAAAGAAUAUAAAGUGCAGAUAGAGGGCUUACAGCAACAAUUAAAAACGCAAAAGCAGACUGACAGCUUCUUUAACUUAGAUACGGCAAUCGAGGAGGAGCUGAAGGCGCAAAUAGCCAAUUUGGAAAAAGCUCUUAAUGAAAUUAAGGAGGAAAAGAAAAAUGUCGUUGCUGAGAAGGAGGCUUUACUGAAACGACUUGAUGUAUUAGUAUCGGCUAAUGACAGAUAUAUGGAAAUGAAAGAGAGACAAGACAUGGAAGUUGAAGUAUUGCGCAUUCAGAAUAAGGAACUAGGUAAUAAGAUACAAUCUUUAGAAUGGCGAUUAGAGGAAAAUGCGACUGGUAUAGAAGAUACUGCUUCUUCGCAACACAAAGGUCAAAGUGAUCCGACAUCUUCUGAGAUCGAUAAAUCUGUCGCACAUGGUCAGCCCCAGAAAAGAUCAGUGGAACCUAACGAUGACUUGGAAGUAAUAUCAAAGAAAUACAAGGAGGAGAUAGAUGAUUUGAAGGACGAGUUAGAAGCGCUUGCAGCUGAAAACGAACAACUACAGCACUUUUUGGAAGAACAAAAAACGGCGAUGGCGAAUUUGGAGCCGAAAGGUAACAAUAACUCUGAUGAGCUUGUAGAAAAAUUAGACACUUUGAGUAACCAAAAUGCGCAGCUUCAAAGCAGUUUAAAUAAAAGCAAGGAAGAAUAUGACAUUCUCAGGAGACAGUAUGAGCAAAGUCUAAUAGACGCGAAUGAUCAAGUGACAGCAAUGCGGCAGAAUAGCGAUUUCCUCAAGAUUGAAUUUGCGGAGAAGGUAGAAAGAUUAGAAAUGGAGAUAGUUCAUCUGCAGAGAGCUUUGGAAGAGAAAAAUGUUUUGGAAGACAAUACUUUGAUAAGCUCGGAAGAAAAACUUUCGGCCGUCAAUGCGUCUCUGAUGGAAGUCACGGAAUUGCUUAACGCCAGAGUCCAAGAAGUUGCUGAAUUGAAGCAAGAGCUUCAAGUUCAAUACGUGGAAAGACAGCAAGCCGAAGCGACGCUACAAUUGGAAAUACAAAACUUGACUAAAGAGCUAGACGAGAGGAAACAAGAUCUAGGAGCUUUGAAGCAAGCGUUUAGCGAUAAGGAGCACGAGCUGAUACAGCAAAGAAGUGUGGAGACAGUAAAUACUAUUGUUAGCGAGGCUACCCAAGAAUUAGUCCAGAAGCACGCGAUUGAGAUCGAAGGAAAGGAUAAGGCAUUGCGCGAUUUAACGGAGAAGCUGAAUGUAUUGCAAUCGAUAGUCGAUGAAUACACCUUGAAGCUGCAAGAUUGCGCGACUAAAUUGGAGACGCAACAGCAACAAAUUGCAUAUUUGAAGGAGGAUUUAACAGAGCGAAAUUCAAUAAUAGGAACUACUCAAACUGAUAUGAAUUUAAUGAAUGAAAAAUUGCGAGAAAAGCAACAGGAACUGAUACAAUACGAGGAAGAGAAAACGAAACUCGCGGCAGAAGUAGAGAGAUGCUUAGCGGAUAUUCAACGCCUGCAGAAUCGACUGACUGCAAUGGAGGCAGCUUCUGUUGAUCUGCAAGAGUGCAGCUCACGUAUUCACGACUUGGAACAAGAAGUUCAAGUUCUAAAAUCGGAGAACGAAUCGAUUUUAUCGCAAUACGACAAGGAGACGGAAAUGUAUCAAGCUCAAUUAGAAAGUAACAAAGAUCAAAUUGAUGCUUUGAAACAUGAUCUACGAGAGAAAACCGAGCAGUUGCAUUACGUGAGCACGCAAUUAUGUGCUAAGGAGAACGAUUUGGAAGGAAUCAAGACCAAGAUGAGUGACAAGGAUUCUUUAUUGGAGAUGACGAAUCAGGAGCUGAACGACAAACGAGCUGAACUGGAGAGAUUGCGCAACGAGCAGAAUUCUCAGGUGAUCGAUGAUCUUUCGAAUGCUAGAAUGGGCCGCGACGACGACUUAGAGCUGCAAAGUACAAUAAAUGAACUGAAGGCGCAGAUGGAAGCUAAGCAGCAGGAAUUGGAGCAUUUGAAAUACGUUUUGAGCGAGAACACGUAUCCCACAAUCAUCCAGCAAAUGCAAGACAGAAUUAAUUGUCUGUAUAAUGAGAAGGCUACUCUGGAGGCUUCCCUGCGAGCAACUACAGAGAGCUUGACGGAGAAGCAGCAGCAAGUAAACCUUCUGACGCAACGCAUCAACGAGCAAACUCAGGAGCACAUUUCUAAGGAGGAAGCUAGUUUAGUCUCCAGAGACCGAAGAUCUGCGCACGAACAGGAGGAAAUUGUUCGGUUGCAGAAUGAAUUGCACGCGAAGCAACAAGAGAUUAACGAAUUGAAAUACAUCAUAGCCGAGAAAGACUCGCAAUUGUGUCUUCAGGCCAGUAUGGAGCCGCAAUCGGAUGACUUCGAGCUACGCGAGACCGUACAGAGAUUGAUGGGAGAAUUGUAUGGCAAGGAGCAAGAAGUACAAACGUUAAAGUCGACUAUCGCGGAGUUACAAGAGCAGACUCUGCUUCUUAAAGAUUACGAGAGGCUCUCCGAAGAGAGCAGAAACGCGAUUGAGAAGUUAACUUCGGAGAAAGAGCAAAUCCGUAUCAACGCUGAAGAAUUCCUGAAUAGGGAAUUGCAAAAGAAAGAAUCGGACAUCGGUGAGAUAAAGCAACAAUUAUCGGAGGAGAAUCAUAAGUUACUGGAGGAACUUCGAUUGAAGGACAGUGAUAUGGAGAAUCUGAAAGCACAAUUUGAACAAUUACGUACGACUGCGAAUGAUCGGGGCAGUAAGUUGCAACAAAAGGAGAACGAGUUGAUGCAUACGAUCGACGAUCUGGCGGAGAAGGAAAGAAGACUGGCUGAGCUGAGCAUCACCAAAGACACCGAACUUCACAACUUGAAGGUGCAGAUCCGUGAAAAAGAAGCGCGAAUAGACGAGCUCUUGGCAUUGUCUGCGGAAGAGGAGAAACAAUUGGAUGAGUUGAGACAAACAUUGGCAGCUAGUGAUACAGAAGUGAACAGGCUGAAGGAAUUGCUGGCGCAAAAGGUUUCGGAGCACGCUUUGAUACAACACGCUUUGAAGAAAGAAGUACCCGUCGAAGCUGCGUCGUCGAAAAGCUUGGAAACUGUUGAAAAGGUCGACAAUAGGGAGACCGUUUCCAGUGAGUUGGAUCUCGCACUAUAUAUGCUUCAUCAAAGAGAUGUCCGAUGCGAGGAGCUGACUCACGAAUUGAUGCAGCUGCUCGAGGAGCGCGAUACAUUGCAAUUGCGAUUAUCUAAUGCGAUCCGGGUGAAUGAAGAACUCAGAAGAGUGGGCAGCGCCGAAGCAAGCCCAAUGAAAGACUCGUCAUCGGCUUCUCAUGCGAUAAUAGAACCUGUCGUGGAACAACCUUCGCCUUCAAAGUCCGAGGGACCAGUCGAGAUCGCAAAGGAAGCUAUCGAUACUCCGAUUGAGGACAAGGAAGCUCUUGCUCUGAAAUUGUCGCAGUUACAUUCAGUCAGCCAUGCAAAGGAUGUACGAUUGAAGGACGAACGAGAGUUAAGACAUAAUCAACAAAUGUCUUUAUUAGCCCAUAGAGAUGUUUUAAACACAUUGCCACCCGAAGCAGCUGCAAGACUCGUCAACGCUAAUUAUACACUCUCUCGAGACGUUCAGAGCCAGUCGAGUGUUCUUUUGAAUUGGUUGUGGGGCAAGAGCACACCAAAGGUAGUACACAUGUGAUGAACGAAUAGCGGGAAUAAAAUGGCCAUCGCUUUUGCCUUCUGGAGACAUUCCUGCCAAGUGCCAACUGCCAAGACUUAUUCCUGCAGUUAACUAAUAUUGAAACAGCCUGUCGUAUUUUUCAGACGUAAAUCACAUGCUGGCACGGUUAUAAAGAAUAGUUUUGUGAGAGUAUUCUGAGUGAUGGAAGAACGUCAAAAGAAAUAUUUUUGAAAUUACAUAUAUACAUGUACAGAAUAUAACUAUAAUAGUGUAUUUUCUCUGAAAAAGUUGCUCUCUCCUCUCCUCUCCUCGGAAAAAGAGGAGAAUACGAGAAGCAGACUUUACAUGUAUUAUAACGUUGUACAGCAAAUAAGCAUGGAAUAUAAGAUAAAAUCUAAGAUAUUAGAUAAUAUAUAAUAAUAUUUUGCUUUUUUUAUUCGGUGACUAAAUUAUGUAUAAUAAAGCAUUUGCAAUGAGAUAUAUGUUACAGGAUGUUGGAGUUUCAUCAUUGUGUUAUUGAAUAUAAACAUGUUUAUUAAAGUCUUAUUUUGUUAGUUUAUUAAUUUAAUAAUCAUAUAUUUCGUAAAGUAUCCACGAUUGUCUUCCGGCUUGAUAUAAUUUAAUAUCAUAUUGUUAAUUGUAAUAUCAUAUUAUUGUUUAUUAUACAUCGAAGAAAAGCCGUAGAAGACAAAUCACAGAUAAUGCAGAAGUAAUUCGUGAUAAUUGUGAAUCGUUUAAUCGUUCUAUUUCCAUAAAUUUUGUACAAAGGAGGAAGAGAAAAGAUUCAGUAAUUAAUAAAAUGGAUAGAAGAAUG